AUGAGAACUUUUUCGACAGAUGAGAAGAAGCUCGCAGCGGUUAUCCUUGGCACGCAGAAAAAGUUGCUUGAUGGUUUAAACCAUUGCAAGUUCACAGAAAACACUGCUCAGAAUACUAAACGGAAGUUGAUCGCCACGCAACGGCUCCUUCCAGUGGAAGACUUGGACCAUCUUGCCAGUUCUAUACUUGACGGUAGUCAUGACUCCACGCCUCUGACGGUGAUCGUCUAUUCCGAUAGACUGGCUUUUCGACCCCGUCAUCAAGAUGCCCAGUUUCCCGACAUUUUCUACAAUGACAUUAUUCAGUUUGAACUGGUGCCCAACAUAGCGGAUACCUACUUCCUUCUUUCGGGCCGAAAGAGCAGUUAUAGCAACAAAGAUACGGAAUAUGACUACGGCAGUGAAUCCGAGUGUACGGCUCAACAGCGGCCCUACCCACACAUGGCGAAGCUCGGGAGACAGAAGUCCAGAAAGCACCGGUAUGCCAAUGGGAACACCAAGGCUGCUGUCGUCACCAAUGACGGUGUCCACAAUCCGGGUGAACCAUCAGCCAUCAUUAACCAAGGAUCAAAACAAGAGAGAUAA